AUGUCUGAACCGUCCAUGCCACCUUCGGACAAUAUCGCAAAUAAGCGAAAGCGGGAAAGCACUGAUAGUGCUGGCCCCGAGCCUCAGAGGAAUCGCUCUUCUAACGCAAGUAAUGGUAGCAUCCAAAGCUCCGACCAGUCCAACUUUCAGCAAAACUCUCUCGGUUCUUACGACCACAACCUUCCCAACACAAACGAUCACGGUAUUCCGAACUCGUCAUCAGAGCUCAACAUCGACCAGCAGAUUCUGCAGCAUGUCGGGACGCAGAACGGCAUUUCGGAUGACAGUGCUCUAACGGCCAAGGCUGCCUUGGCUGCUCACACCCCUCAGAACAAAUACCCCGCUCCGCCAGAUGCACCUUUCGAUACCAACAAUUUGACUCACGGGUUAUCAUUUGGCGAUGACAUUGGCCAGGGGAUCGGUGGUAGUCACAACCACAACUCCACCGCUGCGGCUGUUUAUGCAGCCCGCGAGGCUCAGAGUAUGAACUCGAAGCCUUCAGUUGGCUCUCCUGAGUGGCAUCAAGUUCGCAAGAACAACCACAAAGAGGUGGAACGUCGACGCCGUGAGGCGAUCAACGAGGGCAUCAAUCAAAUUGCCCGUCUCGUCCCCAACUGCGACAAGAACAAGGGCGCCAUCCUGCAACGCGCGAUUGAGUACAUCCACCAAUUGAUCGAUGAGAAGAGAACAAUCCAGGAGCGAUGGGAACAAUCCAACAUGACUACGCACCAUGCAAUCAACGAAGUCAGCGCGCAGAACUCGAAAUUGAAAAUCGAAGUCAACCGACGUGGAGAAAUCGCACAAAAAUGGAUACACCGGUGUCAGGAUGCAGGUCUUCAGUUUGAGGAUUAUAAUGAAUCCGAUGAACUCAAGCCGCUUGAAGUUGACCAGGGCCAAGGCUGA